AGAUUCCCAUGGACUUCUUAACGUGGAACUACAGGGCAACCCUAUCACAAGUGUUGAGGGACCGUUACUUAUUUCAAGCACACUUCAGUACCUUGAUAUCAGCUCUUGCAAUCUGUCCGUUAUCAACGCGCAGUUCUUCGAAAACAUGACUUCGUUAACAACAGUCGAUAUCUCUAAUAACCCACUUCGUAAGCUAGACGCUGGAGUGUUCGAUGUACUCACCAGUCUCGAUACCUUAAACUUAAACGAUUGUCAACUCACAACAAUUUCAGAUGGUACAUUUUCUUCUUUAAGCAAUCUGAAGAGAUUAGAACUCGCUGGAAAUAUCUUUACCAAUGCAAACUGGUCCGAUAUACUGGGUAAUCUUAUAAGACUAGAAUAUCUCAACUUGAGAAAAUCGGGACUAACGUCACUGUCCGAAGCCACUUUUACUAAUUGCACAAACUUGGUCACGCUUAUUUUAGCGGACAACGAAUUGCAUGAUCUGGACGUUGCAGCGGUAUUGGGCAAUAGCGUUACCCACUUGGAAUUACUGGACCUGUCUAAUUGUCACAUACAAGGCCCAAUUUCAGGAGAGGCGUUCGCUAAUGCAACCAGACUAAAGGUCCUGUAUCUGUCAGGCAAUCCGUUGUUUGCACCAGAUUUGCAAGAAGCUCUUGCGCCUCUGCCUAAACUAGAAAGAUUGUUCCUAAGCAACUGUGGCCUACAUAAUCUUCCCGAUAACUUUAUUGUGUUCGAUAAUCUUCUAGAAUUGGAUAUAUCUCACAAUCCACUUGUAAAUGUAUUUACAAAACUAUUGGCACCCCUGGAGAAAUUAGAGUAUCUAAACAUGGGCUACAGCAACUUAUCUUACGUCGGACCGCAAACCUUUUCAAAGAUGACUUCGAUGAAACGUCUCGUCCUCUCCGGCAACGAUUUGUUGUCUCUGGAAGCGGGUCUAUUCGGUAAUCUAACACAAUUGACAACUUUAGAGCUCGAAUUCUGUGGGUUAAAGAGGCCUCUCAAUGCAAACGCUUUCUUUAAGAAUCUGACGUAUAUGGACUUAAGAGAAAUACGUCUCGGUGGAAAUCCCCUUGUCAUUCCAGACUCGGGUCCUCUCUUCCCAAAGCAGUUAUCCCAAGUCACGAUACUUGAUCUUAGUAACUGCAACAUAUUGUCUUUAAAUAGAGAUGCAUUCAAGAACACGGAAAACAUAACCGACUUAAACUUAGCAGGAAAUCUGCUUCAAUCCGGCGAAGGCAGCCUUUCGUUUCUGGAACUGCUUCACCAUUUGGAAAAACUAAAUCUAAGCAACAAUAACUUAACAACUAUAGACCCGCAAGUGUUUAUAAACAACCCCAAAUUGCGAUCAUUGAAUGUAGUUGGCAAUCCCUUCGUUUGCGAUUGCAAAAUCGCUGAAAUUUGGGAUUGGGCGAACAUGAUAAAGGGCGACUUGGAUAUGUUGGUGGGCGCCAAGAGCGCUGAGAAAGAUAUCGUUGUAAAAGGUAACAAGAAGAAGAGGAACCUUUACUGUCACUACAAUGAGACUCAACUUCGUAAUAUGACGCUGUCGACCAACAGGACAGUGCCAGGAAGAAGACCAUUCGUGAGGCCGCGAGAAUUGAUCUUCGCUAACAGGACCUGGGCAAAAUAUGUAAGAGAAUCGGGUUGUGAACCAGUGGUAAAGAUAUUAAGGCCCGUCGCCUUAGUGGCAGAACCUUUUGAUGUUAAAGAUGGUCACAUAUCCACUGCAGCGCUUAUCCUAGCGGUCGUUGCUUUAACCUUAGGCUUCUCAACUUUUAUUAUGACUGUAAGAUUGUUUCGUAAAAAAAAACCGGCAACUAUUUACACAGAACAAAGGAAGCAGAGAUAG